AUGUCAAACAUGUCGGUAAGUCUAGCACCCAACGGACUGCAGCAACUCGCUCAUAAAACCCUGGAUUACCACAGAGCCCGACGGGUGAAAUGCGACGAGACACCGGGCGCAUGUAAACAGUGCAUCUCCACUGGGCGCAAUUGCGAUGGAUACGACCUGCCUCGCUUACCGGUUGGCAUGAAGAGACAGAGGCAGGAUCUAGCUUGGUCGGGGCCGUCUAUGCGAAUCCUCCUGGAUCUCCCCGGUACCAAUCCCGAUGAACGGCGGUGUUUCAAUAUCUUCCAGACGUACACGGUGCCUAUGAUGGUGAGCUGGUUCGAUUCCGAUGUCUGGCAACAGAUCGUGCUCCGGAUGAGUCAAGCAGAGCCGGCGAUUUAUCAUGCCGUCGUCGCACUGAGUGCCAUUCACGAAGAUUCGGAAAAGGCAGGCUUACCCCCAGGUGCCAUGGAUAUAAGGAACACCUACCACAGGUUUGCGCUGGCGCAAUACAGCAAAGCGGCUUCGAUGCUGUGUAGACGGCUAGUGUCUAACGAUCCACAAGUGCGAGCAGUGGCGUUGAUGUGCUGCAUCAUGUUCAUCUGUUUUGACCUUUGUCGAGGGAACUACAAGGCGGCGUUUACACAUUUACAGAACGGAGUACAGAUCCUAGAGGGCCAAAUAACCAAGGCGAACCGACGUCAUACAUCCCCCCAAAGCAUCGACUCCGGGUCUCCGACAGAAUCUGCUCUGACAAGGGUAUUACUGCAUCUAGAUGUGCAGUCAGCCCACUUUGGCGACUCCGGUCCCCUGCUGCAUCUCCACCCCGUGGUACUGGGAGUGGGAAGCCGUGACAACCUCUCGCUGAAUAGCCUCAGAGAAGUAAAACAGAGGCUUGAUCCGAUCAUGAACAAUAUCCUUCGUUUUCGCAGGUCCUGUGAGCCAUAUGUGCGCGGGGAGAUAAGCGGUCCGUUUCUGUUCGAUAUCGCCGAGGCAUCAGCUGAACAACGCAGAAUCCAGGCGCACUUGGAUGACCACAUUCGGGCCUUUGAAGACUAUGUCUUACGUCAAGCGCCAUAUCUAGUCAACUCCAAGGACGCGCGUAGCAUUGACUUGAUGCGAUUGCAAAAUGAGGCCCUGACCAAUAUCCUGGAAACCAGCCUUGUGACAUCGGAGAUGGUCUAUGAUGAUUACCUCCCUGUAUACAAGAAGAUCACCAGACGUGCUGAGAAGAUCAUCACCAGCUUUCAGUCCGACUAUGGCACUCAUCGCCCGUGUAUUGUCAUGGAUAUGGGUGUUAUCCCGUCCCUGCUUUGGGUGUGCCUCAAAUGCAGGGACUUUCCGACAAGACAUCGGGCCGUGAAACUUCUCGAGAGAUGGCCCCAUCGUGAAGGAGCCUACGAUUCCCAUCUUUUGGUCCAAAUCGUGAAGGACCAUAUGGUCCUCGAACAACCAAUCGCCGGUGACGGAGCCACGGCAAAUGUCCCGGAGUACGCACGAAUCGAUAGCGUAAUGAGGGUGAACACAUCCGGGGAAGAAUGA